AUGGCUAUCAUGUCCCGUCUCCCCGGGCCCAUUUUCGUGGACACAAGCUAUGGCCGACUGGCUGUUCGCUCAGAAGGCUCUGGCAGCCUGCCUCCGGUCCUCUGCAUCCACGGCAACUCCUCGAGCUCUGACAUCUUCCGCCAUACGAUGCCGGGCUACGCAAAGGCGGCCGUCGAGGUCCUGGAGAAGCUUGAGAUUAAGGAGGUUGUUGUGGUCGGCUGGUCGCUGGGCGGGCACAUCGGGACCGAGAUGCUGCCGCUCUUCCCAGGUACGAAGGGCCUGAUGAUGAUCGGCUCGAUGCUGGUGGGCCUCUGGGACAAGCCCCUCGACGACAACCGCACCAGGUGGCACAUGCGAGAGGAUCUCACCGAUGAGGACCUCACCAUGUCCGCCAAGGUCGGCACCGGCGGGCCGUUCGAGCAGUGGAUGGCCGACGCCGCCGCCGUCGAGAUCGUCGGUGGCCAGCACGGCCCGAUGUGGGAGAAGCCCGACGACUUCCUUCCUGCCCUCGAGAGGUUCUUGGCAGAUGUUUCCGCAUAG